AUGGCAAGUGAGGAGUCAGACUCUGAUUUAAAUGUUGAAGUGUACGACCCAGAGGACAAUGUAAAUGUUUAUGGGUCCCCGGUGGCUGUGGAAAACGAAUAUCUGAAAGGCACGCCUGACAAUGUAGCUGUUGUGUCUGCUAGUCCAUCUGGAAAUCAUGCAAAUCGCACUCAAGUAAGUUUAAUUUACCGCUGUUUUUUAAAAUAGCUUCACAGAAAAAGACCAUAACGACGUUUUCUUUUCAGUUCUGUAGUUGCAAAAACACAUGUUCGAGAGGCAGCGGCCGUAAGAAGCGCGGAUGCCCUUGUAGAGAUGAAGGACUACGUUACAUAGAGCAAUGCACUUGUGGCACAAAAAAGACAUCAUGUAAGAAUAGGAUUUGUGUUGCUACAACUUCUGAAGCAAACAAUGCCGGGCGAAACACGUUUGAACAUCACCAACUUGCUCUGGAGGAAGCACGACAACAAAUUACGGUACAGACAUGAAUUGUUUUGCCAAUGUUUUGUGACCAUGUCUUCUUUGCUUUUGUCCAAAUACACAUUUGAACAAGAACAGUCUGCCGUAUAUGUUUUUACUAGUUAAAGAGAAAGAUCAUUAUACCCUUGUUUUCACUCCAAAUAUAAUGGAAAGCAAAUAUCCUGCAUUUUGGCCUUCAUUUGAGUGUGUUAACAACGUUUGCCCUAGUACUAAGGUCUUUCCAUAGCUUUACUUCUAGCUACUAAUUCCAUGCAGGAUAAACAUGCUCAGGACUAUGCAAAACGGAGAGGGGGGUUGACAGAGAAACCUAAAUUUAUGGUUUUUAGAAUGUCAGUGUUAAUUAUACUUUGGAUAUUUGGGGCUUUUUUGACGUGGUAGGCCAAUACUGCCCCCUGGUGGAAAAAAUCAUGUGUAUGGCUCUGAACAUGCUGUACAAUACUGUUGAACUGGCAUAGAUUAAGAACAACAAUGUCAGUGUAUUUUCAUUUUAUUUCGCAUCAAUUUAUAAUUAUUUGAAUUUCAAAUUUCAAGUCCCCCUAAUUUAAAUUAAACAACUUAUUCAGCAUUGCAAUAUGCCAUUGGCCCCACACACACAUCCUGUUCUGUAAAAUUGUUUUAGGACAACUAUUUUUUACAAUUACUUGAUUUGUUUAGAAAUUUCUUGGCACACUAAAUGAGGGCCAAAAAGAUUCUAUUUUGUUGGAAUUGCUCACCAAUGGCAAAGGAAGCUUGGACUAUGCCAAGAAUAUUGUUCAAUUUGGCAUGCCCCCUCCUGAUUUUCCUUCAUCAAAACCCUCAUGGUGUACAUGUGGGGUAUGCCGACCAAUGGCCAGCGAAGAGGAAAACAAAUGUUGUGGGAAAAUUCGAUGUGUAACAUCUUUCAUAACAUUUGAAAAUUUUGCACUGAUCGAGAUGUCCUUAUCAUGGAAAUCCGGGGAAGAUGUGACAUAA